AGGAAAUUAGAGACAUUUUGUGUGAUAUCAAAUAAAACAUAUACAAAUCAAAUGUAAACAAUCAAACAGAUAUACUAUCAAAGGAUAGAUAGUAUAAGAUAUGCCAUCAUUGAGUUAUUUCCUAGAUAGGACAGAUCAAUCGAUACGAUCGAUCCAAUCACUUAAAUUCAAAUCACCUGGAAUAUUCACUAAUGCGAUCGUUAAGAAACCUAAUAUCACUAUUCUUUUAAAGGAUCCUACGAUAGAUGAGAGUUCAUUAUAUAAGAUAGUUAAACCAACGCUUAAGAAACGAAGAAUAACGACUCGGAAAGGGGGUGUUUCUGUGAUUAAUGAGUAUAUUGGGGUUAAGCCUGAACGAGUGGAUGGGAAGAGUGUUUAUGUUGAUAAGAGUUUUUCUGAGAUUGUUCAACUGACAAGUGGUGGUGGUAAUAAUAAGGAUAAAGAGGGAGAUGAUGAUGAGGGGGAAGGUAGUAAUAAGAGAUCGAUAGUUCAAUUGCCGGAGUUGAUUCAUAUACCCAGUGAUCCAGUGUUGGAACCAUCAUCAUCACCUACGAAAAGAGGAGGGAAUUCUACAAAUAUAUAUAAUCAUCCCUAUCAUCAUCAAAUCAAUUCAUAUUUCAAUAUAUCACCAUCAUCAGAUGAUAUUGAGAAAUUGAUUAAUAAAACGAAUAAGUUGAUUCAAAAGUAUCCUACAUUGAUUAAGAAUCAAGCGGAAGUUAUUAAUAAUUUGAAUCAAUAUCAAGAGAAUUAUGAUGAAUUAGCAGCCAGUAUACAAGAUUUAGAACAUGAUAUUAAGAAACAAAGGAAACAAUUGAAUAUUUUGAAUAUUAAUUAUAGUGAUAUAGGAAGUCCUGUUAAAGAGGGUCAUGUCUUGACUCAAGAUGAUGAUGAUGAUUCAGAUGAAGAUGAUGAGGAUCAAGGAGAAGAAGAUUUUGAUGUGGAUGAGUAUAUCCGAAAGGAAGAACAAGAGAUUGAAGAAUUAGAACAACAAUUAAAUCAAAGACAAAGAAUAUGACUUACAGGUUUAGAUUUUCACUUACGAUGAAAGUAGUAUAAAGUAAAUAUUUAUAUUAUAAUAUAUAUAUACAGAUAUAAAUCAAAAAAGAUUUUUUAUUAUUGGUUUAAAGAUAUCUUUCGUGAAUAAAUUAAACUGAAUUAAUUUAAACAGAGGUUAAGAUAUCAGAAUCACCAGCAUCUAAGAUAGAUAAAGUACCAACUCUGAAUAAUUUACCACAAGCAGUACCUAAUUCAUUAUUACCACCUUGGAAGUAGUAAACUGGAGUUUUAGAUAACAUAGCGUAAUAUUCUAAUUCAGAUUUUCUUAAAACUGGAGUGUUACCAGCAAUA